AAAAGUGGAGAAAAGGAGAAAGAGCGAGGCAGCCGAGCGCUCAAGCCGAGGGGCUGCGGGGAGGGAGGGGAAGCGUUGCUAAUUUUUUUUGUUUGUUUGCUUUUCCAUGCAUGCAUAAUGAGGGCUGAGCAGAGCACGCUGCUGCUGCUGCUUGGAGGGCACUUUUGUAUUUAAAGCCUGGCGAAGGAAAAGAGCCUCCCCAUUAGGAGCCGCCAAGAAAGCAGCUCGCGGGACUGGGCGGCGAGAGAAGCCGCAUCGGGCGGAAAGAGAGAAAGGCAGCUUUUCUUAUGCAGCUUGCCGGAGGAAGAAGGCGGCUCAGCCCGGGCUGGAGCUGACCAAGGGGCGCCUCGCCCGGCGACAUCGGCAUGUGCAGAGAUGCCGCCCGCUAGCAGCGAAGAAAGGAGAUCGGCCUGAGAAGGCACCAUGAGCGCCACAGGCAGCGCCUCGCCCCCCAGCCUCCGACUCCGCUGAUCGCCGCACGGCCUCGCCAAGUCCGGGAGCAAGGAGCGCCGGCUGUUGUGCUGCAGCCAGAGAGAAAGAAAACGCCGCCGUUUGGGGGCUCCCCGGGAGACCAAGGAAGCGCCGCGCGAUGGAUGGAUGAGGGCGACCCCCAUGCGCACACUGGGCAGGACUUUCGCCAACUUUCGCCGCGGCAGCCGCUGCGCUCCCCUCUCUACCGCCGCCGCCGCCGCCUCGCUCGCCUCCCGCCCACGAUUGUCCCGCAGCCGCUCGCGAUGGUGGGAGCCCGGCGCGGAAGAGGCGGAGGGCGGCGCUGGCGGGCUGGGCUGCUGAGGCUGCUGCUGCCGCUGCUGCUGCUGGGCGCCGCCUGCCCUCCUCCGGGGGCGCAGGGCCGCCGCCUGAUCUGCUGGCAGGCGAUGCUGCAGUGCCAGGAGGAGCCCGACUGCGGCUACGCUUACAGCCAGUACGCUGAGGCGUGCGCGCCGGUGCUCAUGGCCGCGGGGGACGGCUCUGCCGCCGCCUCCAAUCGGCGACGCUGCCCCAGCCACUGCAUCUCGGCGCUCAUCCAGCUCAACCACACCAGGCGCGGCCCGGCACUGGAGGACUGCGACUGCGACCAGGAUGAGAACUGCCGGGCCACCAAGCGCGCCAUCGAGCCCUGCCUGCCGCGCACGGGCGGCGGCGGCGCGAUAGGCUGCACGGAAGCGCGGCGGCGCUGCGACUGGGACAGCCGGUGCAGCACGGCGCUGGGCCGCUACAUGACCCACUGCGGGAAACUUUUCAACGGCGUGCGCUGCACCGAACAGUGCCGCGCCGUCAUCGAGGACAUGAUGGCCGUGCCCAAGGCGCUGCUGCUCAACGACUGCGUGUGCGACGGCCUCGAGCGGCCCAUCUGUGAGUCAGUCAAGGAGAACAUGGCCCGCCUCUGCUUCGGAGCCGACGCCGGCGCCAACGGCGCAGGCAGCAGUGGCGCCUCCGACGGGGCCCAGGACGACUACGAGGACGAGGAGUACGAGGAGGAGCCAGCUCCCAGGGGCCGGGACGAACUCGAUGACGGGGUGGCCGUCGCCGGAACGGGAGCCGAAGAGGGCGCAGUCGGGGGAAGCGGCGGCUCACCCUGCGCCGUCCCCUGGACCCUCCUGCCGGCCGCCUCCAUUUUGCUGCUGCUCUCGUAGCCAUUCCCUACGCCAGCCCCACACGGCCGCUCUUCUGGGGAGCCUGGGCGGAGGGAGGGAGCCUGGGCCGGCCGCGUGGGCCUCGCGUCGCCGAAAGGGCUCGUCUGAGGGGGACGCGAAAGGAAACCUUCCCACAAAGCUGCCUUCGCCUGUGCUGGAAAGACAUGGGAUUUACACGCGCGCGCGCUCUUUCGCCAGCACUGAUGCUCCUUUUGAAGCGGUGUGCCUUAGCUCCAGAACGAAGCUGCCCCCUCCAGUCCCCUGCUCUGCCCGACUACUUCAGUGGAACUUUGCUCCCAAUAGCCCCUUCUGAGAAUCUUCACCGGGACAUUCCUUUACUCUCUGGAGGACCUCUUUCUCUUUCUGUAUAAAUAUUUAUCUGUGUGUAUGGGCAUUUUUCCUCCUUUCAAAAUCAUAUUUGAGAGGAGGAGUACCAGUGUAUUGGGCUUCUCUUUAUAAAACUAGCCACUGUUCUCAAUGAAAUUCUGGGACUGUGGAAUGUGUUGUGGGCACCUCAGUUCCAAACACAGUUACUUGGAAGUGAGGCCCAUUGAUAAGUGUGCUUAGGAUUGCAAUCUUAGGGCUGUUCUACACAUGCACCGCACAUUUUCUGUACCUGAGAGACAACAUUCAUACCCUUGUCGUGCACAUACAUGCAAUGUUUGAAUGUGUGUACCAAUUGCAGAUCCUCAGUGUGCAUACAAAAAUGUUCGUGUAUGACAGCAUGUAUGGGUUUUGUCCUAUGCUUGUGUAGGGAAAAUGUGUGUAAAAGCAUCUUUCAGUGAGCACUAUGCAAUUUGUUGCCCUUUGGCCUUUUAUCAGUAAAAAAUGAGUGUAAAAGAGAAAAUGGUUGGCAAAGCUGCUGUAGGUUUAUUGCCACACUGCCAAGCCAACAUGCAAAUAGUGAAUGUGCUAAUGAGUGCUUAUUAAAGGCUGUUGACAGUGAAGGUAAGAAAGAGUUGGGCUUUUCUAGAGUGCCUCUAAAACUACUGCCUUACUAGUUAGAACUAGUCAACAACUGGAAAUGAACUCCUUUUCUCCCCUCUGUGCCUACAUUGCCAGAAAGUGAACUCAAUUUUGAUUCUUUAGUUUUACUGGAGGAGAGAGAAGAGAGUGAAUUAAGUACGUUUGCAGGUCUUACAACACUUUUUCAUAGGUAUUUCCUUGAAGUCAGACCUUUUUAUGUAGGUUAAAGCAUGAAAACCACACAUAGAUCAUCACGUGUGGUGAUGGAACAUCUGUCAACAUUACUAAGUGUUGUGUACAUAUCGGGGCUACAGAAAGCUGCACCUUCCCUGCUUGUGUAUAGAGAGUGAAGGAAAUGCAUGUAUGAUUGUCCUAAGUGAUGAAGUACACACUGUUUUCAUGCUUACUCUACAGGGCUGUGUAAUCUGUAAUGUCUGUGGCAGUCAUUGCACACUCACAGUUGCACAACAAAAGCUCACCAGUAAAAAUCUCUUCUGCCUCAACCUAGGAGAAAGGUGCUGAUCUGUUGGCUAUACUGAAUAAUGCAACCUUUGUCUUAAAAGAGCUCUGCACUGCCAUUUUCAAAAGACACUUUUAAAGUUCGACUUAAAUGUAAAAAUACCAUGAAAAAUUAUAUUGCCUCUAAUCCUAUCGGGGCUGACCUCUGGUAAAUCUUAUAUAAGAUGUAUUUAAAACUGGGAUUUGUUACCAGUCGCUCUAGGUUGUAUAUAGAAUUUUAUAAAUUGUAUACUUUGGGAAUAAUUUAUUUUUUAAGAAAUUAAAGAUUUAACAGCACCCCAAUUGCAGGAUAAAUGCAUCUUACUUUUCUUUUUUUUUGCAGAGAUGCAGAUCUCAUUUGAUAUGUAAAGGAAUAAAAAAAAACAGUAAUUCCCAUGGGAAAUGAUCAAAUGUACAGUGUAUUUUAUAGAUUUGAAGUGAAUUUUCUUACUGUUUUGAGAGUUUAUGAACUUGUAGAAUUGUAUAAAUGCCUUAAACAUUGUAUUUUUAUAGAAUGUGUGAAAAGGUCCUAUGUUUUAAGUAUCUGUUGCUUGUGUAUUUUUAUGUGUAAAUUAGUAAAGAGAGACUUUUAAAGAAUGAA